AUGCUCCACGACACAGGAUCUGCUGGCACUCGGAUGCCUUCACCCACCACUCCCACUCCGACAACAAAGGAUCAAAGGACGAGUUUGAACACUGGACGCCGGCGGAAGACUGUUUCCAUUGUCCAGCCAAACACUCAUGCGACGGAAAGCGACUCGAUCGUCGAAUUAGCCCAUCUCUCGCGUCGGUUGACGAUGGACGUCACGUCGCGAACGAGGUACCCGGCAGAGGACCACCAGAUUGAACCCGCGAGUCCAGCUAUGAAAUCUGGAUACCCUGAAAGACACUUUUUGGUCAAGAGCAGGUCCUCCGGCCGACUGCGCUCUGCUGCGAAUGAAAGAAGAUUGACUAUCUCGGGAGAUCCUCAUCCCCGUGACACGGGGAAAGCUGGCGCGCUAACAUUCGCCGGCACCACAACUUCAUCGACGGCGCCAUCACCUUCACCUUCACAUUCACCGUCUCGUCCGAUUCCCUCAACCUCCUCGCCCUCAUCUCCGUCGCGCCUCCUUAAUCCUCCUUCGCUGCCGCCCAUCCCCCGCCUACCUCAGAGCCGCUUCAGUUUCGAAGUCCAAUCACCUCUCCGCAAGAUCGCCUUGACAUCACACCUCAAGACCGCCAGCAUCGACCGGAGUAUUCCCGCGUCGGAAUCCGUUUCUUCGCCCAGACACUCAUCCUUGUAUGCCGGCCACCGAAGAUCCGUCCCGGACUUUCAUUCGUCAUACGUUGAAACACCGUUGGCUUCAGAAUCUCCGCAAGUGCUUCCCGCCGCGACCGCGCCUAGACAAGGGGGUAGUUCCGCACUCCCUCUAGACGCCGGCUCGACUCUCAGCGUGCUGAGCCCCAAUGCGCCAAAGCGUCGCAAAUCAACAUUAUACUCCCAGCAGUCACCUCCGGAUGUAAAGAGAAGGAUGCCGUCGUCCACUGCGACCUUCGUUCAGGGGCGCUCGUAUGCCGACGAAAACGGCGCUGCCGCGAGAGCCGACGAAGCUCCGUCUAGGAACGAGGACAUCUUUCUAAACAUUGCAAGGUCUGACUCGACCCGUCGCGAGUCCUUGGGUCGCUCCGAACUCAGACGCUCGCGACUUAGGAUGUCGGGUAAUGGCUUUCGCUCUUCCAUCUCCCGUGUUGGCAGUGACCUGACACCGUCUCCCGAACAAAUAAUCCGCUCAAAUACCUUCGAAAGCCCCUUGCAUCAAAAUUCACAAAAAGCUUCUCCAUCUAAUCGACAUAGCACCUUACCAUAUUCGUAUUCUGCCUCCGCGCACCCUCUCGAUGAUACUGGCCGAUCGCCGCAGUCAAAUUUUGCGUCAAGCGCACACUCAACGGUCGGAGUGUCUCGCAGUCGACUAAGUCGCACGAGUCCCGAAGAUGAAUCGCUCCCUGAACGACGAGCCUCUCUACACGACACGCGCUCUUUCCGUCAUUCCGGCCUCUCUACGAUUCGGAGUAGCCGACAGGUUUCAGCCUCUGAAGUCACUGAGAAGCCGCGUCACGAACAAUCCCGACAGGAUGGGACGGAAUCCACUCUUUCGACCACUGCGCCCUCUACUGUCUGGGAUGAGCUAGAAGACCUCAAGUCUCGGAUCAAGAAAUUGGAACUGACGGGGAAACUCCCCCCGUCGUCUCAGGAGGCCAUGCUCUCUUCCUCUGCGGAGCGACCGCGCACGGCGACAACGACAGUAACGACAAUGUCCUCUUCGCCACGCCACCGAAGAACCAGUGUUUCGAAUGAAUCAGAUACGAUUACAGCUCCCAACCCAGUUCACCCACUAUUGCAGUCGGCUUUGGUCAAGGCGAGGAGUGCGGUAAAUAAAGAUGUAUACACGGCAUUGGAGGCCGCUGCUACGGAUGCAAUGGCCCUUUCGCAACUCUUAGGAACAGGAAAAACGCCUUCCGGAAAUGUCUCCAUGGUCAAUGGGUACGGUUCAUCAGAGCGGCAAUCUCGACGAAAGGCCGACAGUGUCUGUCGCAGCCUGACGGAAUUGUGUCUUGCCCUAUCAGAUGAACAUCAUAAUCAGCAGUCGUCUCAUUCUAGCGAUGCGGCAUUCCGAGUCUCCCAGUCGAACACUACCGACGAAGGAACGAUAACCCCAACCGCGUUAUCAUACCGUAAAAGUCUGCAUCAAGAUUCCGAGGACCUUUCACGGCGCCAGAGCAGCGGCCCUCGUGCGGCAAGUCGACUGGAAGCGCGGCGGGCAAGUGUUGCGAACCAUGGCGAUCUUUACCCUUCACCUGAGAAUCAUAGCCAAAGUACCAAGUUGACACAUUCACCGAGCGCCCCUGCUACCCCUGCCACCGCAAGUCGGCUAAGUCGACUAUCCGUCUCUAUGCGGACAAAGAGGUUGCAGGAAGAGGAGCCUGCCGAUUAUCGAAAUCCGCAUACCCGCUCGGUAUCCAGGAGUAUGACCGACAUUGGUGCAGCGUCUUCAGCGCAAAAACCCUCACCUCGACAGCAGAGCUCUUUUGGAUACCCGUCGCCACGACCAAUAUCUGAUUCCCAGCAGCCCUCUCAACCCCGUACUCCAACUACUUCACAAUCCGGCAUACCACUCCGUCGAAGCUUGGUGACACCAUCAAACUUUACCCCUGCGAUUCCUCGUGCGAACAUCCAAGCGGGCUCUCGCCGCUAUGGCCUGCCGUCAGCUAUUGAGAGUCCGGCAGAUGAUGUGCCGGUAUCACCACGCCAGGAGGUUCCCCAGACAAGGAUAUCGGCUCCUUCAAGCAAGCUAGCCUCUAGCUACACACCCAUAACGCAGAAUCGUUUCCGUACAAACAGCGUCGGCGGCCGGAGACUAGGCGUCAGACAGCGCCCAAUAUCAACAAUAGACACGAAGCAAUCCAAAUCUUUCAACGACAGCAUUGACUGA